AUGGGGAGGGAAAGGUGCAGGUAUGCCCGAAGCUUGCCCAACGGCAACAGGAGGUCCAGCAGCAUGCAGCGCGUCCGCUCCCGGGAGCUCGGCAAGAAGCUCCGCCUUCUAUUGUUGGUGGCUGUGUCGCUUGCUAUUGUUAGUGAAGUUCUGAACAACCACUAUUGCUCUAGUCCCACCUUAUACAAACCAGAGGGAAAUUUAUUGAAAACAUCGGGUCGCGCGCCUGUUCAUUUCUUCUACUCAUCUUCUCUCUCUAGAUUUUCUCUCUCUCCUCCAUCUGCUCUCACACCCAUCGGCGAUUUUGACCGCGCGCAUCUGGACACGCAGCGGGGAAUCGGCGCGGGGUUGAAGUGGAGAUCAUACCCAGGUCGUCGCCUCGAGCAGCAGGAAUCCGGAGGGGUGGAGGGGGCGGGGGAGGAGUGCAGGAAACGCAGAUCAGAUAGCAGCAGCAUCUCGUGGCUCGGAAUCUGGCAGAGCAGAAUCAGAAUUGAGGUCAGCGAUUCCACAUACCUCUCCCUUCCUGUAGCUGAAAUCCCCGUCCCCCUUUUUGUCUCUGAUUUUUUCUGUGGUUUUUGGUUGCAAGGAGACAUCAACAUCUCCCCACGCGCUCUGCCUGUGCUCCUCUGCAAUCUGGUGGGGGGAAAGCACAGGGUCAGAUUUCUAGCACAUGAAGGUUUUGUUGCGGUCUCUGCCAGAGAAAAAAAUUGCACACGGGUCUACUUAAACAACGGCAGGCAAGUACUCAAACCAGAGGCGGAGCCAAUGGUGGGUCUGGAAGGACUCCAGCCUCUCCUACCGCCAUUGGACUAAUGGAGCUCCUCCUAAGCCUCUUCUACAAUUUUUGUCAUAGAUGCACUGCGAGGUUAAAGUUAUCUAUAGGUGGAAAUAAGCCCCUCCUAAGAAUUAUGCUGGAUUUGCCAAACUAUUCUCCUUGUAUUUGUUUUGGCAUUUAUUCAUUGAGAUCAGAAAUAAUGUGCCAAUGAUCCUAUCAGUGGACUGUUUGUAAACAGAGCACCUGUUUUAUCUUCCAGGAAAAAAACAAAGAUGCUUUUAGCAUUUAUCAGUUGUGAAA